UCUAAUGGAUUCGUUUGAAUCAUUUUCUGGAGCAGAGUCACUGAAAUCCCACUACCAACUGCUUGGGGUGGGCAUUAGCGCCACAGAGGAAGAGAUCAGAAAAGCGUACCGAUGGAAGGCUCGUCGUGCGCACCCUGACAAGAACAUAGGCGUCUCUCAUGCAGAAGAACUGAUGAAGAGGUUAAACAAGGCCUACGAGACUUUAACUGACACAAUUAAACGUGAAGAUUAUGAUGAACAAAUGGAUGAAAGCGACAUGAUGAAAUCGAAUACCGCAGAGCCCCUUCCUUCAGGCUCUCGGUUGUCGGAAUCUUUCUUGAAGCUUUUCAUGAAGUGGACCGCCUCAACUGAACUGCCUAGCGUAAACAGCGUCGUCGAAACGCUGGACAGCGAACUGAAAGACUUCCUGAAAGGGCCAAUCGACGAGUUAUAGCAAUACCACACAA